UCCGUCACAUAGGUGCUUAGCUCUUGACUUGCCAAAAAUACAAUCGUGGGUUUGAGCGAUCGUCGGGGACUCUUAGAUUACUGUGGACUGUAGGGGCAGUGUGGACUUUUGGUGUCGUUUGCCGAAGUCGCAGAAGGCUCGUAGUCUAAAGGUGGCUCGACAAUGUUGAUAUCGGCGGGCAGCGGCCCCACGCCCGAGUUCUCCCCUGUCUCGUGCUGCGCCCCCUGGAAGAUGGAGCCGGCGCCCCCUGUACCCGCUGCCAUCACACAGCCACUCAACAUAUCCCCAACAGUGCCAGUAUCUCCGUCGUCAACAGGGGGCGGGGGCGGCGGCGGGUCCGGCACAUCCCUCUACCCCGGAGCCGCGUCGCAUCCUCUCUCGUCCCUGUUGUCGCAGCAGCGGCUACUGGAGUUGUCACGCUUCGGGCUGCGGCAUUAUGAUAUAGCACACCAUGUCCUGUCCCAGCAAGGUGCUGUUACCAAAUUGCUUGGUACUCUUCGACCGCCGGGCCUAAUAGGUGGAAGUAAGCCGAAAGUUGCUACCCCAGCCGUGGUGUCUAAAAUAGAGCAGUACAAGAGAGAAAACCCUACCAUCUUUGCUUGGGAAAUCAGAGAGAGACUUAUUUCUGAAGGUGUGUGCACCAAUGCGACAGCGCCAAGUGUGUCAUCCAUCAACCGGAUAUUGAGGAACAGGGCAGCAGAGCGCGCGGCGGCGGAGUUCGCCAGGGCAGCAGGUUACGGUCUUUACGCUGCUCCUCCACCCUAUGGCGCCUUCCCUUGGGCUGGAGGAGGCAGCGUCUGGCCUCCUGGUACGCUGUCUUUACCACCGGGAGUUCCAGGUCCACCCUCAGGAGUACCUCACCCUGAUGCCAUCCAGCAAGGAUUACUUUCUGUAGGGCGAGGAUUUAUUGAUGUAGAUGGAGAUGACUCCGGAUCUCUUGACGGGGAACAACCAAAGUUUAGAAGAAACCGAACGACAUUUAGCGCGGAUCAGCUAGAAGAAUUAGAGAAAGAAUUCGAGAAAUCCCAUUACCCGUGUGUGUCAACACGAGAGAGGCUGGCAUCUAAAACUUCGCUGUCAGAAGCACGCGUACAGGUUUGGUUUUCCAACAGACGAGCAAAGUGGCGACGCCACCAGCGCAUGAACCUCCUCAAGCGCGGUGGCGGUUCGCCCCCGCGCCACCUCCCCCACUCCCCCUCACGCUCCCGUUCGCGUUCUAUAUCCCCCGCGCGCGCGCCCUACCACACCCCUCAGAUGGGCGGCGAGAAUAGCGCGUUCAAAUCUCUCUCGCACCAUGACACGAACGCCCUGAAGGCUCUCUCACAUCAAGCGCAGUUCGAUAGCAACGCUCUGAAAGCACUAUCACAGCAAACGGUAUUCGAAGGAGGUGCGUUUAAACCACACCCUGCACUAGAGAACAGUGCGUUUAAAGCUCUCGUGCCGCACUCAGCCGCUGCAGCACUGUUGGCGGCGCAGUCGAUUCAAUUGGCCCGGGGUUAUGAAUCGCAUUCCGACUCUGAUGAGGAAAUAAAUGUUCACGAUGAAAGCGAUGAUGAAGGAGAUAGACAGCGGAAUAAGGUUCGAUCGAGAUCGCGUACUCCCAACAAACAUCAUCAUCAACCUGCCAAUGAUUUGCCCUUACAACUUACUAAACACGAUCGUUGAUGCGUUGCAGAGUAUCAAGUUGAAUUUAUAAUAAUGUCAAAGUAUUAUUACCAGUCAUUCCUUUGGAGUGUCCGUGUACCGAGUAAUUAUGUAAAUCGAUCGAGGGCACUUGACUUUGCUUGUAAAUUAUUGUAAAUAUACGUAGUCGUGUAAAUUGUUAUAUAGUUACUAAUACAAUAAUAGAUGUUUAAAUUUAUUUUUUUUUAUGCACAAACUGUUCUCUUCAUGAAGGUCAUAUAAAUGAUUGGUUAGUUUCAUUAUCUCUUAGAGCAGUCGCUUUACGACCCGACUGUACACCACCUAGACCCCUCCCCUCUUGGUGACUUGUGCAAAUUUGAAAACUAGUAAAUAUCUAAACAAUUUCAAUAAAUUAUUUAAGUAAUGUGCUAGAACGUUGUCUCAUUUGUAUAUUUUGUACGUAUAGAAUACCAAAGUAUUAUUUCUUGGUGGCUAAAUGUAGCAAAGUUUCAGGAAACAAAAGUUCCUAAUGGUUUCAUCCUAAAAUAAUACAACAAAAUGUAAGAUAUUGUAAUAGAUAAGUGCGUACCACAAAUUAUAGCUGUUAGUACCAUAACAGAAAUUUGAAAUAUUUACGUGUUAGAAUUUCAAUGGAUACUAAAGUUACGUGUAAAUAUUGUUAAUCAUUCUCG